AUGCGUUAUUUUACAAAAUAUAUUAUCUUAUCACUUUGUUUUAUUGUCGAUUACAAUUUAAUAUAUGGUCGAAUGGGAUAUUACAAUCAUUUUAAACGCUUUGAUUCCGGUUUACUGUCAGAAGGUCUACCGAUGUGGCUAGAAAAACGUGAAGAGUUCAGAAAUCCUUAUGAUUAUUAUGACAUUGUGAAAGCACUAAGGGAGAGGAACAAUUUAGAAGUCGAUGAACUGAAUAAAAUAAUCAGUCAGAGUGAUAUUCAUCAUCCCAUGUUGUCCUAUUUAAGUCAAGCAUCAAACUCAAGGUUUCAUCCUGGAGAAUUUAUUAAUCGAGAAAUGAGAGCUAAACCCGCUUUUGGAACAGAUGACGCCCUAAUGAAGAGUGGAUUACGAUCAUAUAUGGAUUGGCAACCAGCUGUUGUUGGUUCUGUGUGCGCAGUAUUAGGUGUUCUGGUAAUCGCAGCAGUUGGCACCAUUUACCAGAAGCGCAAACUUCAAAUGAAAUCUAGCCUCAAUCAAGAUGAAGAGGAUAUACUAGCGAAUUCGAACUUACCAAGUAAAAUGUUAUCACUUAAUUCAGAGGAUGAUCGUAAACUGGCUCAAUCUGCACAAAUGUAUCACUACCAGCAUCAAAAACAACAAAUGCUGGCCUUAGAAAAAGUUAAUGAUCAUACUCGAAUCAGCGAUGAGGACGACAGUGAAGAUGAUAUAGAUGAAGGUGACUUUACCGUUUACGAAUGUCCUGGGCCUGCUAAUACUGGUGAAAUAGAAGUUGAAAAUCCACUGUUUGACAAUGAUGCUGGAGAGAAGGUGUUGAAUACAAGUGGAAGUUCAGGUGAAUUAAUUGGCUGUAGUGAUCUAGAAGAGCGUAUUAGUGAUCCAACUAAUAAUGGGUUCGCUACCGACUUUGGUAGCCUAACAGCCAGAAGCACAAACAUUGAUGGCUUAACAGUGCCAUCGACUCCAGGAACUUCAGAAGCAUCACCUGCAACCAAUAAAUAG